AAAGGGUAAUUUGGUAAUCCAACAUCUAAAACCCUAGCAAUCACUCUAUAAAAGGGAGGCGUCUCCAGCGUAGUGGUCGCCGUCGCGAAUCCCAGUCCUUCGAAGAUGUCGAAGCGAGGGCGCGGUGGUUCGGCGGGUAACAAGUUUCGGAUGUCACUGGGUCUCCCGGUGGCAGCGACUGUGAACUGUGCCGACAACACGGGGGCGAAGAACCUGUACAUCAUCUCCGUGAAGGGGAUCAAGGGCCGCCUUAAUCGGCUUCCUUCUGCUUGCGUUGGUGACAUGGUUAUGGCCACCGUCAAGAAGGGGAAACCCGAUUUGCGAAAGAAGGUGAUGCCUGCUGUGAUUGUCAGGCAGCGCAAGCCAUGGCGCCGAAAGGAUGGCGUCUUCAUGUACUUUGAAGACAAUGCAGGAGUUAUUGUGAAUCCAAAGGGUGAAAUGAAAGGUUCUGCAAUUACUGGACCCAUUGGGAAAGAAUGUGCUGAUCUUUGGCCAAGAAUUGCCAGUGCUGCCAACGCUAUAGUGUAGCUCUUCCUCAUUUUAUUCGCAGCCGGAUAGUAUAAAGAUUGUUGCAUAUCAUUGUUUGUAAGCACUUAACUCAUCACCUUCAAGUUUUCUUUGUGACCUCAAGACCCCAAUUUUGUUUAUGUUAUGAACUGCACUUUGUAUUUUUUGCCUGUACUAGUAGUUGUUGGUUACUGAUUGAUUGCCCAGUCUCUCAACA